AUGAUCUCAUUCGCGAUUAAAAUACCUCGGGUAGCGUACUCUUCACGCCGUAAAGUACUUCCAAAUGGUCCCUCACUUCAAGACUUCAUUGAAGCAGUUUGGAUUUUUCACUGCUGUUUAGGAAACUCGGGAGAUGCUGCCCAGAAAUAUGGGAUACGUAUGAAACUGGAAGAUGAUGCUAAGAGAUUACGUUUACCACCAUGGCUUAAACGAGACAUACCUCCACUUGAUGAAACAAAUUAUAUGCAGAUGAAGAAACAAGUGAAAAAAUUGAAACUUGCUACGGUCUGUGAAGAAGCUCGUUGUCCCAAUAUUGGAGAAUGUUGGGGUGGUUUGAGUAAUGCUCCCUCGACAGCAACAAUCAUGUUGAUGGGGGAUACUUGUACAAGAGGUUGCAAGUUUUGUUCUGUCAAAACUGCUCGUAAACCAGCACCGCUUAAUUCACAAGAACCGAUUAACACGGCGAAAGCUGUUUCUGAUUGGGGAUUGAGCUAUGUUGUACUAACAUCUGUAGAUAGAGAUGAUUUAGAGGAUGGUGGUGCAUCACAUAUAGCAGAAACUGUUCAACACCUCAAAAAAGAAUCCCCGUCAAUACUGGUAGAAUGUCUUGUGCCGGAUUUUCAAGGUUCUUUAGAUUGUGUAGAAACAAUUGUUUCUUCAGGACUAGAUGUUUAUGCACAUAAUAUGGAAACAGUAAGGAGAUUGACUCCAUGGGUGCGAGAUCCAAGAGCUACGUAUGAUCAAUCUCUAAAAGUUUUAGAACAUGCAAAAAGGUUCCGUCCAGAUAUUGUGACUAAAACCUCGUUAAUGCUUGGUUUAGGGGAAAACGAUGAAGAGGUUUUAGCUACCAUGCGAGAUUUACGCGAAAUCGUUUUGAUUUCAUGUGUUGAUGCAGUAACAUUUGGGCAAUACAUGCAACCCACUAAACGACAUUUACUGGUGAAGGAGUGGAUUACUCCGCAGAAAUUUGAAAAGUGGCGUGAAGUUGGAGAUAGAAUGGGAUUCUUGUAUACAGCAAGUGGACCACUUGUUCGACGAUGGUGUGCAUCACAUAUAGCAGCAACUGUUCAACCUCAAAAAAAAAAAUCCCCAUCAAUGCUGGUGGCGUGUCUUGUGACGGAUUUUCAAUAUUCUUUAGAUUGUGUAGAGGCAGUUGUUUCUUCUGGAUUAGAUGCUUAUGCAUAUAAUAUGCAAACAGUAAGGCGAUUGACUCCCUGGGUGCGAGAUGCAAGAGCUAAUGAUAAAGAUCGGCUCAUGUGA